GCCAGACCUUGACAGCAACUGGACGGUAAUAAGAGAGCAGAUUCAGAUGGAAUCCAUGGUCCUCAAGGGACUUCUCCCAAAUACCAAAUAUCAGUUUGCCGUCCGAGCAGCAAACUCCUAUGGAUCCAGCCCCGCCAGUGCACCGAGCGACAUCAUCCGAACGUUCAGCUCAGAGGAGUUAGGAAGUGGAAGCUAUGGACAUCGUUAUAUCACAGACACAGUGACUGGUGACGAUGAUGGAUUUGAUAUUGAUGACUCAGACUAUGACAUUUACAUAGAAGAGCUCAGACCACUUCCUGCUAUCAAAGGGGGCAACAGAAAAUUUCUGGUCGAAACUAAGGUCACACCAGGGUCUAGUUCCAGGCUCCUGUCACGGGUUCUUACCACCACUUCUGAACCUACUACUUCCACUCCCACCACCACACGGCCCUCAACCACAGCAAGGGCGACUACAGCGCGGGCAGGGCGGAGGGGCGGCGUGUCUUCUGCAACACGCCUCUUUGAUCUCUCCUGCGAUGAGGCCAUCUGCUCUGCAGACAGCUUUUGUGUCAACGACUACGACCGGGGUGGCUCGCGCUGCCACUGCAACUUGGGAAAAGGAGGAGAGACGUGUGCAGAAGAUAUUAUUAUCCAGUAUCCUCAGUUCUCUGGCUACUCAUACAUCACCUUUGAACCACUGAAAAACUCUUACCAGACAUUUCAAAUUACCCUUGAAUUCAGGGCUGAAUCAGAAGAUGGUCUGCUGCUAUACUGUGGAGAAAAUGAACACGGCCGUGGUGAUUUUAUGUCACUGGCUAUCAUCCGACGUAGCAUCCAGUUCAGGUUCAACUGUGGCACUGGAGUUGCAGUCAUAACAAGUGAAAACAAAAUCAAGCUGGGGAACUGGCACAGCAUCACAUUGUUUAGAGAUGGUAUAAAUGGCUGGCUCAGGAUGGACAACAAUGCUCCAGUGACCGGAAAAUCUCAGGGCCAAUAUAGUAAAAUUACAUUCCGGACUCCCUUCUACAUUGGUGGUGCCCCCAGCGUAUACUGGCUGGUCAGAGCCACAGGCACCAACCGUGGCUUCCAGGGCUGCGUUCAGUCACUCAGCAUCAAUGGGAAGAUAAUUGAUAUGAGACCCUGGCCAUUAGGGAAGGCUCUUAGUGGUGCUGAUGUCGGUGAGUGUAGCAGUGGCAUCUGUGACGAGGCGUCCUGCAUCAAUAGUGGUACCUGUACUGCAAGCAAAGCAGAUUCAUACAUUUGCCUUUGCCCUCUUGGAUUUAAAGGUCAUCAUUGUGAAGAAGCGCUCACCUUGGCCAUACCUCAGUUCAACGAGUCCUUAAGGUCAUUUGCUAGCACACCCUGGCCCUUGGAACCACAGAAUUACCUUUCCUUCAUGGAGUUUGAGAUGACAUUUCGUCCAGACUUAGAGACUGGUGUCCUUUUGUACAGCUACGACACAGACAGCAAGGACUUCCUCUCCAUUAACAUGGUGUCUGGUUACGUGGAGUUCAGGUUCGACUGUGGCUCAGGAACGGCUGUUAUCAGGAGUGAAGAACCUGUCAGUCUGGGUCAGUGGCAUGAGUUGAGAGUGUCUCGCACGGCAAAGAAUGGUAUCCUACAAGUGGACAAACAAAAACCAGUGGAAGGGAUGGCAGAGGGGGCUUUCACACAGAUUAAGUGCAGCUCUGAAAUAUUUAUUGGCGGAGUCCCUAGUUAUGAUGCUGUGAAGAAGAACUCUGGGAUCCUCAGACCCUUCAGUGGGAGCAUCCAAAAGAUUAUUUUGAAUGACCGGACAAUCGAUGUCAAACGGGAUUUCACUUUUGGAAUCAACCUAGCAAAUGCUGCCCACCCCUGUGUGAGCUCACCAUGUGCAAAUGGAGGCACCUGCAUUCCCAAGAAGGACAGCUACGAGUGUGACUGUCCCCUGGGCUUCGAUGGGCAACAUUGCCAAAAAGAGUGUGGAAGUUACUGCCUAAACACCAUUACAGAAGCAAUUGAAAUCCCACAAUUUAUUGGUCGCAGUUACCUCACAUAUGAUAAUCCAGAUAUCUUGAAAAGGCUGUCAGGAUCCAGAACAAAUGUGUUCAUGAGGUUUAAAACCACAAUGAAGGAAGGUCUUUUGAUGUGGAGAGGAGACAGUCCCAUGCGACCUAACAGUGAUUUCAUUUCUCUAGGCCUUCAAGAAGGAGCAUUAAUAUUCAGCUACAAUUUGGGCAGCGGCAUUUCUUCCAUCACGGUGAACGGCUCUUUCAGCGAUGGCCGGUGGCACAGAGUCAAGGCUGUUAGGGAUGGACAGUCUGGCAAAGUAACUGUGGACGAUUAUGGUGCCAGGACUGGUAAAUCCCCUGGGAAGAUGAGGCAGUUGAACAUCAAUGGAGAUCUCUAUGUAGGUGGCAUGAAGGAAAUAGCCCUGCACACGAACAGGCAGUACAUGCGGGGGCUGGUGGGCUGCAUCUCCCACCUCACGCUUUCAACCGAUUACCACAUCUCGCUGGUGGAGGAUGCUGCCGAUGGGAAGAACAUCAACACGUGUGGGACCAAGUGA